ACCACGCAUCCUCAGUCGCUUCCACAACCAACGCCUCUUUACAUUCGCUUUAUAACCCAAGGCUAUUCAUUAAUACCAACAACAAACAUGCGUUUCAUCACUCUCGCUGCCCUCUUCGGUGCUGCUGCCAUGGCACAACCCGCGCGGGAGGACCCCACUGAGAAGCUCUUCAUCAGCAACUACGCCAUCUCCACAACCCCCAACGCCUUCCCCACCAUGUCCUUCCGCAUAAGCGCGAAGAACGCCACACAUCUGGUGUGCGCAACCGGCAAAUACCAGUACCAGGAUCUGAUGAUGAACUCGUUUGAAUGCCCCUUCCCCGAUGGCAGCAGCAAGUACCGCUUCAACGUCGCAAGGUCCAACACCGAGCGCAGCGGUUAUAAAUUCAGCUUGGCCCACGAACUCGCACCAGGUUUCGGUGUUUCGGCUAUUAAUGUUACGAUUCCUACCGUCUGCGCGGCUGCUAGGCCGGGGUACGUCACAUGCGUUCAGAAUGGACCUUAUGUCGGCAAGAUGACAACGUUGGGUUAGGGAGCUGUUCGUCUUGUACAUAACCUGGAUAGUCUUCAAGAUCAGAUAGUUCUAAUUAUAAUAUAUAAUUCAGCCUUGAGAAAAC